AUGGCGUCUUCCUCAAAGCGCAAGUUUGAUACCUUUAAUUCAACUGGCGAUCUCUCGAAUAUCACUGGCGCCGAGCUCAAAGCCAAGGCAGUUCGCACAAUUUACGCCCUCGAUAUCGCUGCCCUCCGCGAGAUAGCUGUCCAUGCCUAUGUCACAGUUCCGAGGAUAGCAGAUCACAUCGACUCCAAAUAUGCCUUGAAACCCGCCGCCAAAGAUGCUGCCCGAGCCCCAGCGAAGGACUUUUCCUCCUUCUCCAAAAGCUGCUGGCACGCCCUAAACACACAACACAAACGCCUGAAAACCAGCCAACAAUUCUCCGCCACAGGCGAUGUCCUAGCCAUCUUGGAGUCCAGCAGACAGAAGAUCCUCAAGGAAGCAGGUCCCGACACAGUCUGGCAGACUCGCCGCAACGCCCUGGAAGUGUUGAGGAAAAUAUGCAAGAGUAUCGUGCUGUGCGAGGUCCAGGUUAUCAGACACGAGCUAAUGAAAGAUGGUGUUGUGCUGGGUGAGUUCAUGGGUACAAUGUGUGAGAUUGCGAGGGGGUUUGGGGAGGAGGAGAGGGAGAGGUAUGAGGAUGAGGGGUUGCUGGAGAAGAUUGAGGAGUUGAAGGAGGUUUGUGGGGACUGGGAGGUGGAUAUGCCGGAAUUGGAGGAUUUGCUUGGGAUUUUUGGGAGGUGA